AUGCAGCGAAAAUCUCGGAGGAAGGAAGAACAGGUAGGCUAGCCUAAACAAUGCUGUAAGGAGCUAGGCUAUAAUAUAGGCCAAUAAGAUAAUCAGAUGAUACAAUUCGAUACUAAUUUCCUGCUAGGUUAAAAUGGCUUUUAGAAAUAUGAUUGGAAUUAGUAAAAUACAGUAUAUUAUGGGCAUUUUUAAGCCAUGACUAUAGAUAUUUGUGAGAGGGAUUCCUGUAAUAUAGCCUACAACUUGCCCUAAUGCAGGGCAAAGUGAUGGACACUGAACAGCCACCUGUAAGUCUGAACAAGUUAAAGUAUGACUCAUUACAUUCAAAGUAAAAGUAAUAACUACUACAACAUGCAUUGUAAAAUAGUUUGUUGGUAGACUAUAUUGAUAAACACCAGGACAUUGUAGGCCUACUGACAUUUCAUUUGAUUGUCACUUCAAUGAGAGAAUGGAGAAUAAGUGCAAUUACAUAUAGCUAAAUAAAGUAUUUUAUUUUAGGACCAUGUUACCAUGUUAGGACAAUAGACAGAACAAUGUCUGAACUUGAUAUCUAUUAGAGCAGCACAGUGCACAGCCAGGCUGAGUAAAACCUUCAGUAUCUGCAACCAAGGACAGAAAGCUAUUAACUACUGAACAGUGUCUGUCUCGACAGGUGUCUAAGGUUGUGUGGGUUAAAGACGCCCCCCUGGCCAAGGCAGUGGGGAGGACAGAGCAGGCUGCUUCUGAUGCUACUCCAACGGCUGAAAAGAAAUCAAGGUUUGAGCGUCUGAAGGAAAGGAUGGAAGAAGAGAGGAAAGUUGAGCAUGAGCAUUUGAUGAGAAAAAUUCAGGAGUUGGAGAUUAUUAGAGAUGCCCCCCUGGCCAAGGCAGUGGUGAGGAGAGAGCAGGCUGCUUCUGAUGUUACUCCAACGGCUGAAAAAAAGUCAAGGUUUGAGCGUCUGAAGGAAAAGUUGGAAGGAGAGAGGAGAGCUGAGCAUGAGCACCUGAUAAAAAACAUUCAGGAGUUGGAGAUGAGCGUAAAGUGGGAGCAGAAUAAAUAUGCAGUCCAAGAGAAAGCUCUAAAGGAGAUGGCCAGAGGGAAUGAGAGGGCAGAGGCAGAAAAAGCUGCCCUCCAGGAGAUAAUUCAGAGACUGGUGAAGAAACAGGUGCGGACAGAGGAAGCCUGGGGGAAAAAGCAGGAAGACUGGACCAAGGCCAAAGCCAUGUUUUCAGACCAGUGGUCAAAACUGGAGAAGCUUUGGAAGAGGGAGAAAUCUGCUCUAAUAGAUAAUGCAGAGAGCUUUAAAAAGAUCAUCAAGGAUCUCCAGUGUGCCUCGAAAACAACAGAGGCAGAGAUCAAGAUGGCAGAGACAGAGAAAACUGCACUCCAGGAGAUCAUGCAGAGACUGGUGGUGAAAAUUGUCCAGACCGAGAAAGCCUGGGGAAAUGAGCAGAGAGACUGGGCCAAGGACAAGGCCAGGUUAUCAGACCAGAUGCAGAUGAUGGAGAUUGCUUGGAGCUUAAGAGAAGAUGGAUGGGCCAAACUGAUGCAACACAUGGAAGCGGAGAUAGCCCAGAAGAAGAUUCUGCAGGAAAAAGAGGCACAGGUAGAUUAGGCUGUGCAUAUUUUAUUUAUUUUAAUAAUUAGAAGGAUAAUGCAGAAUCGUUGGUUUGGUAAAGAAUAGCCUAAGCCAAAUUAUUAAUGUAGAGGUUGAAGAGUGAAAAUACUGUGUCCCUUUUCCAGGUGCACAGCAAAAGUGCAUGCCACAUUGGAAUAAGAGGCUACUUGAAGAAUAUAACCAAAAAGAGGAGGGAGAAAAAGGAGAGGGCGAAGGAAGACAAAUAUGGCCCCUAA